CCCUCUGGUAGGGGGAGGAGAGCAGGAAGAGAACAAAAGCAAAGUGGUUGUUGGCGAAGACAACGCGGCGUGAGUUGUUCUUGCUCGGUGCGUCAGUAAUGAAUAGGUCCGGCCCCUCUCCUGGUGAAAUUGACCAACGACGCUCAGAGAAGGAAGUUCGGGCUAUCGGGAAAAGUCCAAACUAGUCCGUGUCGGUGCAGAUCGAGACAGGUACUUGGAUUCCGGAAGAACUCGAAAUUCAGGUUCAAGAAAAGGGGAGAACCUGAAGUUCCAAUCGCAAGAUGUUUGAAAAAAGAAAUAUCUUCGUGCUGGUGGAUGUGCUGUGUGUGGUUGUGGCAUCGUUACCAUUUGCCAUAUUGACUUUGCAAGCUAAGCCAAGGAUACGAGGAUUCUACUGCAAUGAUGAGAGUAUCAAAUAUCCAUACAAAAGGGACACCAUUUCACACUGGACAAUGGCAGCAGUUAUUAUUCCAGCCUGCAUCAUCAUUAUUACCGUUGGAGAGGCAAUUAUGGUUCGCCUAAAACACCUGUAUUCAAGAUCGGAGUUCAACAACUACGUUGCUGCCUUGUACAAGGUGGUGGGAACCUUCCUGUUUGGUGCUGCAGUGAGCCAAUCAUUGACUGACAUUGCGAAGUACACUGUUGGGCGUCUCCGGCCAAGUUUUCUGGCGUUAUGCAAGCCCAACAUGUCACUGGUGGACUGUUCACAGUAUGUCCAGCUGGACGUUUGCACAGGGUCAAGUGUCAAUGUCACUGAGGCAAGGUUAUCAUUUUAUUCUGGCCAUUCAUCAUUUGGAAUGUACUGCAUGGUUUUUCUUUCGCUCUAUUUGCAGGUACGUUUGAAGGGCAAAUGGGCCAGGCUUUUGCGGCCAACCAUCCAGUUCUUCCUGCUGGCCUUUGCGAUAUAUGUGGGCUACACGCGAGUCUCUGAUUACAGACAUCACUGGAGUGAUGUCCUGGCUGGAUUCCUCCAAGGAGCAAUUGUGGCAAUUUUAAUUGUCCACUAUGUUUCGGAUUUCUACAAACAGAGGCCACAGUUUUCAGAGGAUUCAGAAGCUUCUGAGCCAGAGAGAAAACCCAACAUUCCCUUAACCGAAACAGAGCCGAUGAAUCACUACGGCACAAGACGUGUUCCCUGAUUCACUACUGGCCACUCCCCUGCUACCAACUCUGUGCCUUUCCAUCAAGCGUCAAAGGGAACCAACGCUUUCCUUCCUUUUUAUGUCAUUCAAACUUUGUUCCGUUUUCUGUGCGUUACCGCUCAAAAACUUGUUCAGUCUCUUGUGUGAAAGGACCUCUGGCUUGCUUUUGCAUGCUUGAGUUAUGAGGUUAGAUACCAAUAGGCUUGCAUUGUGCAGAUGAAGCACAUUGCUAAAUUUCUCACAGCUUGCCAGCGAUUAAAAGUGUAUAUUCUUGCCCACCUCCUGCCACCCAAAAAAAUCUUAGCUGUAUGUUAAUAUUAAAAGUGUUUUGUACAAUUUGUAUGGAUCCCAUUUUUCAGUAAGUAGAAUUCCAUCCAUUUCCUUGGUGCUCUGUGCCAGAUCCUGAAUAGAAGAAGCUGCUUCAUGCUGUUGUCAUUGCUCCUUUACAACCAUCUGCAAGUGACCCAGGACUCCCCUUUUCUGUUUUCAUGAUCCCUCUGCUCUGUAUUUCACCUCUGCAGAGAGCUGGGGUGAAAUUAACAACUUUCCACCCUUGGAACAGCAGCUUGGCCUGAGUUGUGAAGCACCAUUGAGAGGGAUUUAGUUUUGGUGAGACAGCUUUGGAGAAAUCGGGAAGAAUAUUCAGAAUUCCUCUGAUACCUCUUCAAUGAAUAUUGAAAGGUAUUUCUUGCCCCACUCAGCAAGACCAUUCCUCCAUGGAGGUUUAGUAGGGGAAUGUUCUGUGGUUUAGGUCUUGACUAACUUAGCUAAUUGCUGUUGGACAGUGUUUGAAUGCAGUGAUCGAGCUCAGUGAUUCAGAGUACCUGAUCCUGACUGCAACCUGGCGGGUUGUGUGGCCAGUAUUAGGCUCUAAAAUCACUUUCUCCCCCACCCACCAUUCUCCCACAAACCAAUACUCAGCCUCCUCCAUCAGGAUAUAUUUUGAGAUGAUGCCUGGUACAAGUCACUGGACUUUGUCCUUCCUUUUCUCUCCAUUGAAAGUUUAUAACAUUGAAUGGAGUUAAACAAUGAGUAUUUUUAAUGUGUACAUUAACCUGGGCACUUUUCUCUCAUCUUUUUUUUUAAAAAGGUGUUUACAGUUUUUAACCAAGAACAGUAUACUGUCAUUGAAUUCCCAGUUAGGAGCACCUGUUGACACAUUACAUUCCAUUGGUCUGAAACUCUUACCUUUCUCCCUUUCCCACCACCAUCUGACAUCAUUUUGCUGAGUCACAGAAACCAAGAACAAAGAUUAAAUUCUCAUUUGAAAGCAAUGACUGACUAAUGUAAAGAACAAUGUAAUCAGCAGUUCUAAUAUAAGCAGAAAUAUCUGUGGAAAUACUGGCAGCUAAUGUUGAGAGAUUUAUUUGCUAUCUUAAUCCUGACAGGUUCUCAAUUAAUCUCUGUGUGUGUGUGUGUGUGUGUGUGUGUGUGCGUAAUGACCUGUUUAUAAUAUUAAUGCCUUUUUGGGAUGUUGUCAGAAUCUUGUGCGAUUGAACCAUGCCACCAUUUGUAUUGCAUUCAAUUUUUAUGAAGCAAGUCUCUUUGAAAGAAGUUCAGACAAGCAUGAUUUGCUGCAGAUUUCACACAUCAGUUGCAUGAAAUGUAUUUACUGUAUAUCACAAAUGUACUCUGCAGGUUUUUAAAUACUGAGUGCUGUGAUGUUGCUAGGCAUUCUGAAAUAUAUUUAUAUUGUGGGUUAGUCUUCUAAACACUUUACAUAAUUGGACCCGUUAAAACUCCUAAUACCAAGAAAGGGUAGCAUGGGAGAGCAGAAAAGGCCACUUUGAUGCCAACUAACCAAGUCCGAUCCCCAAGAGAAAUAAGCUUCUGUUUCCACCUCGAAUCAAGUUUCAAAAGUGUUGCUGGGCAGCACAGCUUGUGCCAACCAGUAUGAAUUUGGUAUGAAGUCCAUAAAUAAAAUGGUAGAUUUAACAUGACCAGGUAACUGACAGUGUAACAGUUUUAUUUAUUUUCCAACUUAAAUGUAGGUGCUUAGCUCAGUCUUGAGAAACUUACUUUUAAACUGAAUCUCAAAGCAUUUUUGGAAAUUUAUAUACAACUAUUUAUGUAUUUUUUAGACAUUGAGUUGACAAAUUUGGGAAAUGGCAGAUUGUUGCAAAUUUUUAUUAAAUUCAAAAUUUAUAUUCCAAGAUUAAAAUUUCAGGACCUUUUUAAACAAAAAAAACUCAACUAAACAAUGGUUGUAAUUCUGAAUGCUUUAAGCUAAGUACAAAUGUUGGUGAACAAACUCUUUUGACAAUGUACUUUAAUUAUAAAAUUUGCAGAUAUUAUACAGCUCAUUCACAGUACACAUCAUUCCCUUUGCUUACAAGAUUUACAUUAUCAUCUGUGUAAUGUCAGUUUUUGUUUCACAUAUAUUCCAUGAACCCCAAGUCCAGGAAGCUUUUACAUUGGUUCUAGCCACUCAGUGUGCAAUGAUGGGAGGACUUUAAACUCUCCUCAUUGAACCUCUGCUGCACCAAGCAUCACUAUGGCCUUUAGCACGUGGACCUUGGAAUGUGCUGUGCAGCAACAUUGAGUUAGAGCCAGUUCUCUGCAGUGGUAGAUGAGCAAGUUUCAGGCUCACCAAAGUGCAUCUUUCACUGUGUUCUCAGUUUGUAUCCCUGGGGGCAGUUGUACAGCUGUGCCCGAUAAACCUCAUCCCAAACCACUGCAGCCCUUUCCUGACCACCUUGGCAAACACCCACUACAGGAGGAGAUGGAUGAUGGCACAUCCCAAAGCAACCCCCUUGAGGGCAGUGUCCAGAGCUGCUGAAACUUUGGCUGUGCAUGAAGGAUCUAAUGGAGAGGGCCCUUCUUGCCGCCAGCCAAGCAAGACCUUGCUGCUUGAUUGAAAGAUAUUGUGAUGAGGGAUUCUGCCAAAUUACCUUGACAAUCUACUCGUGAAACACUCUGACAGGAUCCACCAUCUCCCUUUCCCACAAGGCCUAGGAAUUUCCCUGCCAGCUCUACUUGUAGUCAACAGUAUAUUUUUUCCACAAACCUUUCAACAAAAGCCAAAUGAUCCAAUUGAAUGGAGCUUUCAGUGGUGACGAGGCCAGACUCAUCCUUUGUAAGACUGGAAGCUCAGCACCUAGUGAUAUUUGGUGUUUGCAUACCCAAGGUCUACACACAUCUUGAUGCAGCAUCACGCAACGGUACGCUUUUGGCUAAGUUCAAGUGUGCUGCUUGUUCUUGAGAACGAAUUGUUUUUGUGUUUCAGCCUCAGGGUACUGCACAAGGUUUGUGAGUGUCACUGCUGUUCUCUGACUACUGACUGCAGCUGGUUAACGGUCACCUAAAGGAACAUAAGAAGCCCCGCAGGGGAUGUGAAACUGGUGACCCUGGAAUACAUCAGGAAUUUAAGUUGGAUUGCAUUGGUUAGAGAACUGUGUAAUCCCUCUUUAAUUUCCCAAUGCACUUGUGGGAACAAUUAAAAUGAAUAUCGAGAGGUUCUUCAUCUUCAAAGUAGGGGAGAAUCAAUUCCAGGAAUCCAAGCACAAUCUGCUGCUACAGUCAAUGCAUGUUGAUAUCAAGGAGGAGCCAACAAGCCUCUGUCUUUGCCUCUGAGAUUAUCUUCCGGUCCAGAGUACACUGAGUGAAGCAGAUGAGAUCUGCUUGCGCUUCUUCCAAAGGAAUGACUCCAGGUUAUUGUGAUCAGCCUGACGUAUUAAGGAUCUGCAAAUCCUUCUUUGCCAGGCUAUUUGAUUUAAAGGCCACUUACUGCACAGUCUCCCAGCAUUUCCUAUCCUUCAUUUUUGGGUUUUUAAAAGACAGCAAGUGUGAGAGUCUGGGCCACCCUUUAGACAAACUGACCAGAUCCAUCAUUGAAGACAAACGAAACUCCCAGAAUCGAUAGGUUGCUAACUGAGUUAUCCUUGGCUCUCUGGGAAUGGGUUAGCCCAGAUCUGCUGUGGUUCUAUCUGGCAGCAUGGCAGAAUCCAUGAGGCAGGACAUCAUCACCAUCAUUUACAGACAGAGGAGGAGUGGGAACAAAUCAGAAAAUGGCAACACACCUCUCUGCUUAAUGUGGAAUACAAGAUGGUGGUGAACAAAGCCUUUCUUAAAAAAAAUUGUUAAUGCAAUUUAAAUUGUUAGAUUGCUGUUCUGCUUUUGUGAUCUCUGAUUUAAUUGUAAAAUUGCUUCAGAUUUGUGCUGAAAUUUAUAAUUUUUUUUCUGUAAUAGAGGCAAUGUAAACAAGGUAUUUUGUUAAAUGAUGUAAUAAAAUAAUUUUUAUACAUUU